AGGAAGAUGCACCGGUCAUCAUUAUGUCAUUCACAUACACAAAAAUCAAACUCAGAAUAAUCAAACCCAAACCAUAAAAAAAAAACAAUUCUCUGAGAUUGACAAUUGCUUCUUGUUUGUGGUUUUAUUAUUCUCAAUUUAUUCAAGUAAGCAUGGGAACUAAAAGGUCUUAAAUCCCAAAUUCCAAAUCCAACUACCACUUUUCUCCCUCUAUCAAUUCCCUUCCUGAACAAUUUGGAGAUACGAGGGAGUAAAGUACUGCUACCAGUUCAAAAAAAAAAAGUAAGAAAAUAGUACCGGGGGCUGUCACCAUGAAGAUCCAUCUCCAACUAGCCCCAACAGGACUCGUCCUCUCUCUUCAUCCUCAAUUAAAAUUCUCAUAAGAAAAUCCAUCUCCAACUAGCAGCCGUAUCACGAGAAACUGCAACAUCUCCGCCCCACCACCGCUGUUCCCAACAAAACAAAAACAGGACAGCCAUAGCAAAAAGUAACUUCUUCCACUUCCGCCAUUGUUGCAGAAACAUGAGAACUCCAUCAAUGGGACGACCCAGUGGGCAGAUAAUGAUCGAAGCCCUAUAAAUGGCAGUGGCUUGGGAAGAAGAUUACGAAAGUAAACAUGGCGAUGCAGAGGAGAAUUGAGCCGCUGGUUCUGGGCGCCGUGCUGUUGACGAUUUGUCUGUGUUGGAGUCCGCCGAGGGCUUGCUCGCAGGCGGAGCCGGGCGGGGGAGUCCCCGGGUUGUUCAUAUUUGGCGACUCUUUGGUGGAUAAUGGGAAUAACAAUCAGUUGCUUACGCUUGCGAGAGCCAACUAUAGGCCUUAUGGCGUCGAUUUCCCUCGGGGCACCACCGGCCGCUUCACUAAUGGUCGAACUUUUGUUGAUGUUUUAGCUCAGCUAUUGGGAUUUCGGUAUUUCAUUCCUCCAUACAGUAGAACACAAGGUAGAGCCCUUCUCAGAGGAGUCAACUAUGCCUCAGGAGCAGCAGGAAUUCGAGAUGAAACUGGAAACAAUUUGGGUGCUCAUUUAUCAAUGAACAACCAAGUGGAGAACUUUGGAAGAACGGUGCAAGAAAUGAGUAGGUUCUUCAGAGGAGACACUGAAGCACUCAGCUGCUAUCUAAGCAAAUGCAUUUUCUACUCAGGCAUGGGAAGCAAUGACUAUCUCAACAAUUACUUCAUGACUGAUUUCUACAACACCAAAUCUCAAUUUACUCCUCAAGCCUAUGCCGCUGCGCUGCUCCAAGACUACGCUCGCCAACUUAGACAAAUGUACCAAUUUGGAGCUCGGAAAGUGGUCGUGACUGGGGUUGGGCAGAUCGGCUGCAUUCCUUACGAGCUUGCGAGAUAUCAAGGUAAUAGCAGUCGUUGCAAUGAAGAGAUCAACGGCGCGAUCAGUCUUUUCAACGCUGGCCUUCGGAAACUUGUCGAUCGUUUCAAUAGUGGCCGUGUUCUUCCCGGUGCUAAGUUUGUGUACCUUGAUGCCUACCAAAGCAACAUCGACUUGAUUCAAAAUGCCUCCAAUUAUGGGUUCACAGUGGUGGACAAGGGAUGUUGUGGAGUGGGCAGAAACAAUGGGCAAAUAACAUGCCUCCCUCUGCAGCAGCCGUGCCAGGAUCGACGAGGCUACUUGUUUUGGGACGCAUUCCAUCCCACAGAGGAUGCAAAUAUAGUGUUGGCCAAGAUGGCAUUCAGCUCCUCUUCAAGAGCAUAUGCAUAUCCCAUUAAUAUACAACAAUUGGCCAUGUUAUAAAGGACAUGGGUUUCAUUGAAUUUCUCAUGAAGCCAGCUGCAACUAUCUGUAUGGGAAUAUAUAUAUUGUCUCUCUCUUGUUUGUGUUUUGGUUUGUAAUAUGUCAUUCAUCAUCUCAAGUUUCUAAUUAAGUUUUCUCUUCUUUGUAUUAGUCAUGAAUGAAAGCUUCUUAGUUUGUGCCUUUU